GCCGAGGCGGGGACUCGCUCUGGAGGGCUGACCCCGCGGGGCCGCCGUAGAAAGCCGGGCGGUUCCGCGCCGCCAUUGGCUCGGCGGGUGGAGCGCGGCCUGGAGAGCGGAUGGCGGGGGCCAAGCCGCCGGCCGCCACCUUCGAGCGGCGGGUGCUGCGGAGCGCCGCGGAGCACCACUACCUGCGCGUCCGCCUGGAGCUGCCGGACGGCGGGGCCCGGCCGAGCGUCGCGCAGUUCAAGCAGCUGGUGGUGUCGGCGCUGAGGGAGCUGCACGGAGAGGUUGGAGCAGCUUUGCCUGUGGAUGUCUUAACAUAUGAGGAAAAAACCUUGUGUGCCAUAUUAAGAGUUGUUAGCAGUGGCCUCGUCAAGCUGUGGAGUGCUCUAACAUUGCUGGGCUUCUACCAGAACAGGAGGUGUGCUUUUCGAGUGCUGCAGGCAUCUCCAUUUCUUCUUGCGUUAUCUGGCAACAGUAGAGAACUAGUCUUGGACUGAAUGCGGUUGUUGGUUUGGUUGUACGAAGCAGAAGUCGCUUGAGAUGUUGCAGCCCUUCAGGUGUGGAAUUUCUAGAGGGGAUUUCCGACAGAGAGCCUUGACAAAGCUAACGGUUAUCAAUUCACUGCUUGGACAUCCCGUACUUCAGAGUUUACACAUAAAAGUUGGAGACAAAGCUGAACUUAC